AUGAGCAACGAAUAUGUGUUGCCUUAUUACACCUCCCACAGCUACCGUUCAACGGGUGUGUUUAAUACCUCCAUGGGGGACCUGCAACGACAACUGCACAGAGGAGGAGAGUACGACAUUUUCAAAUAUGCUCCAAUGUUUGAGAGUGACUUUAUCCAGAUCAGCAAAAAAGGAGAGGUGAUUGACGUUCACAACCGCGUCCGUAUGGUGACCGUGGGCAUCGCGUCCACCAGCCCCAUCCUCCCCCUGCCUGACGUCAUGCUGCUGGCCCGGCCAACCAAGGACUCUGAAGAACGUGUUGGGUAUGGCCGGCCCACCAAUGUGAGGGGCCGAAAGGUCCCGAAGAGCCUGGAGCUCACCAGGCUCCUUCCCUUAAAGUUUGUCAAAAUCUCUAUCCAUGAUCGUGAGAAGCAGCAGCUGCGCCUGAAACUUGCCACUGGCCGUACGUUCUAUCUGCAGCUGUGCCCUUCUUCAGAUGCACGAGAAGACCUCUUUUGCUACUGGGAAAAGCUCAUUUAUCUCCUGAGACCACCAGUGGACAGCUAUGCCAGCACCCCGACCAUCCAAACGGGAGACCUAACAGCCACCUCUAUCCUGACCGACGAUGACAAAAGCGUCACGGCUACAGAGCUCCGUGGAGAAGGGGAUCGGAAUGAGGUCAGGCUUCGCAAGUUCCGAGAGGUAUCUGGAGCCACUUCUUCUGCUUAUGCUGGGGGCGAGGGCAUCCAACAAGCCUUCCCUGGAAUGACACGCACAGCUUCUACAGCCACAAAAUCUCCAGCACCUGCCAAAGGAGCAGCACUGGCAGGGGCAGCAGGGGCAGCCAUGGCAGGGGCAGCAACAGGGUCCAGCACUGGGGUAGCACUAGCAGGGACAACUGCAGGUCGUACAGCAAGCACUAUGAGUGUUGCAAUGACUAAGUCUGCAGGCCCAGGGCAGACAAACCUGGCCCUGGCAGGAGUGGCCACCAAGCCUCCAGGAGAAGGUGGAUCGGGCAAGGCCAUUGCAGGCGCUGCCAACAUGUCCUCCGAGGGCCUGAAUGUGGCCUUGGUGGGUGCAGCAAGCACAGGUAGUUCCACCCUAUCAGCUGGGACGAUGAAUUACUCCCCAGAUAACAACAUGAGUGUAGUAUUUGCAGGAGUGGCAAAUACCAAAAAGCCUGCCCCAGAAGGCUUGGCUGGACCCCCUGCCCCAACCUUGCAGGAUAUCUUCGUGAGUGAACAGAACAAAAGCCAGAAGGUCUCCCAGCCCCGCACCGAAGCCCACAAGGAAAAAAAGGAAAGGAGAUCAAGGAAAGACAAAAACCCAAAUCCCAGUAGGAAAAGUUCCCAGCACCAGAGGACAGGUGGGGACAAACCAAUCCGGAAACCAUCCUCCCACCGGUCCUUAGCCAGCCAUGGCACCACAAAAGAGGGCAAAAAAGAAAGGGGGCACAGGGCCCCAAAGGGCAAAGGACACAGGCCCUCCUCUCACAAAAACAUCAGCCGCAGUCCCACACCAAAGGAGUCUAGAACAACCCAAAAAUCAGGGCGGACCCGGUCUGCAACCAGCUCAACUUCUAUAAACAAGAAAUCCAGCAAGAUUGGCUCUUUUUUCAAGAGCUUCAAACCUCUGCCUGCUUCAAGAGCUUUAACGGCAUCCCACGAAAGAGGGGUGGACAUCAUGGCCAAGUCUGUGGAGAGGCACAACCUUGAGGCCAAGAUGGAGAAAGCCCAGGGUGGCAAGGACUUGGAGCUCACCAGCACCAUGACAUCACAGACCACAGAGACGAUCAUCUUUGAAUCCAAAUGCCUUUAA